AUGACGACCGAAACCAACACGGACACCAAUACUCUCAUGACAACCAAAAAGACCAAGGAGACCAAGGCUAUCAACAAACCCAAACACGCCAAGGAACUCAAGACUGCCAACAAGACCAAGACUAAGAGUCCUAAGGAGACCAAGGCAGCCAAGGCGUCCAAUACCGACAAGGCGGAGACCAACGGCAACAUGGAGACCAGAAGCACUACGACCCUGAAGCCAUGGCAGCAGAAAGCCAUCGAUAAUGGAAGGACACCUCUUCCUGAGUUUCCUGGAGAUAAGCCUGGGGCAUAG